UUUGUCAAAUGAAUGUACUUGAGGCGACUGGUUGUGUUUGUUGGAUUUGAUAUUGGAGUUAAUAUUUUAUUGCCGUGUCAAAUAGAAAAUAUACAUUUGUGUUUGUGUUAAAUUAAAAUUUGUUGUUGUUUUUCAUUUCGUGAAACAUUUGGAAAUAUAUUUUUGUGCCUCCAAGAAACGUCAUAUAUCACCGCGAUUUUCAGAAAUCCUCACCGUUACCAAGACAACGGAAUAUUGGAGGGAUUGUUGAACUUAUUAGGAUGUGAAUUGCUGGGCGUGCGAGGACAAUGUCCACGUUCCGCCGGCUGAUAUGCCUCUGUCUAGUUGUAGCAUGCGUUCGUUGUCAGCGCCAAGCCGUUGUCAAUCCAAUAGAUAUUCCUGGUUUUCGCCAAAGUAGCGGACAAUUCGAGUCGCCGAACAACGACUUCGUUAAUGUGCGUAAAAAUGACGGGAAUCUCAUCAGCGGACUUUGCCGAGAAGGAUGGGUUCCGGGGGCGAUCAAGAGCCUGUCCGGAGAUGAUAUCCCGGUGUGUUUCAAAGUGAACCCUCAAGCCCGGAGCUGGCGGGAGGCUCAAGCGGAGUGCCGGAAGGACUACGGCUUCCUUCUAAAGCUCGACACAGCCGCCACCGUCAACAACAAGGACCUGCUCUCGACCGUACUGGCCAAUGGCGUGCGUCAGUUCUGGUCUGGGCUUCACACGGAUCACGGACGUCUGGCAUGGGAUGACCUGGUUCCACGCCUUGUGGGGCACCAACACGGGCAAAACCAAAGCGAGUCUGCGCGCACGUGGCAGUGGCACGGUGCGGUCACUUCCUCACCGCAGCAGGGCUAUUGCGGCCAGAUGAACAUCGACAGCGAAGAAGAGGACGACGACCGGAAACGGCGGAAACGGUCCAGUGAUGACGACAAUCAAGAUACGGCCACCUCCAGCUUCGAACCGUCCACUUUUAGUGGUGAUCUUCAAAAUGGCGGAGUCGGAUUAGGGCCUUCAGCGAAUUUCGGAAGAUCACCCAAUACUAAUCUGAACAUGAGGACAUCCGGAACCGGAACACAGUUUGGCGGAGUAGCCUCAAACAAUUUCGGCUUGGCCGGUACAAAUCCUUUUCCGCCAAUGAACACCAACAACAAUAAUGGUGUCCUCGGAGUUCCAAGGGGCUUGGGGCGGGGGCGUGGAAGAAAUCUCAACGGCUUUCCGACGACUGGUGCCUUUGGGAGUACCCUUACCAGACAACCAAUAUCGGACAAGCUAGAGGCACUUGCAUCUCUGGGAAUUCAAAGCCCGUCCCAGAUUCCAGGAACGGGAAUCUCGGAUUCCAACACCCAGGAGGGAGGAUUGGCUGCUCUCCUUCCGCACUCGGAUUCCGAGAGUGACUCGCACUCGCCAGGAAGUACAGGAGAUGCUCCAACUAUGGACAUUGAGUCAAACUCGGGAGAUAACACACCGCCAAAUGGAUUUAAUGCACCAAACUUUGUUCCCUCUGUAACGCCUUCAAAUUUGUUGCCAUAUGUCAAGAAAUUAGCAGCAAAUCUCGGGUCUGGUAAUAAUCCGGCGGAGACAAACCCGGCAGAGUCCGAUCUUGAACAUUCGAGGAAUAUGAUCCAACGGACAGAGAGUAAUGUAAAGUCGGACUUUGAUUCUGAUUCAAAUAAAGACCAAGCUUCAAAUGCCAUGCCGAUAGAUACAUCUUCAUUAAUAAAGGUGAACAAAGUCGAUAGUGACAGUCCAAUGUCAGAUGAAUCUUCGAACAUUAUGUCACUGGGAAAUAUUUUAAGUAGUGACAACAUUGAAACAAUAAAACCAGCGGUGCUGUCCCCAUUCAGUGGAUCGACUGUACCAACAACCGAAAAACAGGACGAUGAUUCAAAUAUAGAUAAGGUAACAAUGGGGAGCGUUCUAACAUCCGGUGAUAGUGAUGAUAAACAGGGGCAUCCCCUACCGCCUGUCCUGACACCUGUUGAGCGUUUGAACAUGAAAAUGCCCGAAGACAGUGUUAGUAAAAAUGAACAAAUCAGUGAACGUGUUGAUGAAAUAAACGAUAAGCUCACAGAACAUUCAAACAUUGGAGUUGGAACGGUUGACACUCCCGAAUUUGAAAGUGAUAAGGCAGACAAACUUCGAGAGUCUAUGUCAGAUAUGGGUAGCGAACCAACUAGCUUUGAGCUUUCACCGGUAAAUGAUCCCAAUCUGGACGAUGACAGUGAGCACAAUGAAGACAAAAACACUCAUGAUACUACUUCAUUACAAGAGGAAAUAAAAACUGAUGACCAUAGCCCUGAAACAAAUGGUAGAGACUUAGCUGAAAAUUUAGGCGAUAAAACAAAUGCUGAAAUAUUCAAUGCAUUAAACAUUCCAUGGCCGUCUUCGAAUAAAACGAGUCAAGAAAACGAAGACACAGAUGACGAAAAACACGAUGAAUCCUAUAAACCAACAACAAUUUUACCAAACAUUCAGUUUUCAGGCGCAACGACUGAACGUGUGGAUAUGAACGACCAUUCCGAAGUAAAAACUGAAAAAGAGGAUCAUGACCUACCAAAUCCUUUUGGAUAUCUUUCAGACAAUGAUGAUAGGAAUCAUGAAAAAGAAGGUUCAAAGAUUGAAGGAGAAGAUCUGUUGAAGAACGAAAGUGAUCUUGAGCCGCCGAACCGCGAGUCAAGUUUUGGUCACAACGAGGAGAAGAACGAAGACGAAAACGAACAGGUAGCAACUGAAGAUACGGAUAUGUCUAAACUUGAACAGUCAAAUGCCAAGGAGAGCGAUAAAUAUGAUGACGCAAUUGAUGAAGAGGGUGAUGAAAAUGGUGAUCAACACACGAAUUCUACAGAAAACUUGUUUGAACAAUUUGAUACUGAAACAGAAAAUCCCAACAGAAAUGAAGAUGCAGAUGUUCUGAACGACAUCAUUGAAGAUAACGUUAAGAACAAAGAAAACAAAGAUGUAGACGAUAUUCUAGGUGAACAUGACCAUGACAAUGAAGGUACCAACCAAGACUUUGGGGGCGAUGAAAAUGAAAGUUUAGAGCGAGAAAACGAACAAGAAAAUAAGAAGGAAUAUGAAACAGAAAAAGUUAAUAAUGAAGUCGAAGGUUUGAAUGAGCAUGAUAAUGAAACAUUAGAAGAAAAUGAAAAUGAACGUUUAAGGGAAAAUGAAACGGGGCGUUUUGAAGAGCACGGAAACGAACAUGUUGGAGAAAAAGAAAAUGAGCAAACAGGAGAGCACGAAAACGCUCAUGGAGAUGAGCAAGAUAACGAACAUGAAGGAGAUCAAGAAAACGAACAUAAUGGAGUACAAGAAAACGAACAUGAAGGAGAACAAGAAAACGAAAAUGGAGGAGAACAUGAAAACGAAUAUGAAGGAGACCAAGAAAACCAAAAUGGAGUAGAACAUGACAACGAACAUGAAGGAGACCAAGAAAACGAAAAUGGCGGAGAACAUGAACAAGAACAAGAAGGAGAGCAAGAACACGAGAAUAUGGAAGCUGGGGAUGGCGAAAGAGAAACAGAGCAAGAAAAUGAACAAGAUUCUGACCACAUGGACGACCGUCCUGAACUUUUGGAGAACGUGCAGGGGACAACCCAUAAGUCGGCGCUGCUGCCAACCAUCCAGGAACAGGCGAUGGAGCUCUCUUCAUGUGAGGCCCGCCUCCCGUCCGUCUGCUUCACCUACCAGGUCGAGGUCAUGGAUAAAGCGUCUACUUGCGAUGACGGUUGGUACGGUCACGUAUUACUGGACACGUGCUACAAACCUCUGGAGAACAAGAUGAGCUACGAGCGGGCAGUGGCCGCCUGUAAGGUGCUUGGUGGUCGCGUUAUUCUUGCCAUCAGCCAGAUGGAGAGAGACUUUGUCUUCCUUGCAAUGCAGAAGGCCGGACUCAACAUAAAAGGUGGACGUUUCUGGAUGGAGCGGCCGACAACCUCGAAAUCAUGUCAGUAUUUCACAAGGGACGGAACAUUCUCCGCGCCAAGCUGUAACGCUGCUAACAAUGUCUUCUGCACCAACGACGCAAAGUCGCUCUCCGUGCUGACUGCUGACAGCUUACCGUUUGAUGGCGCCGUUGAUGACGUAAUCAGUGAAGCACGUGUGUUUUUCUCUGCACAAGCUAACAACCUCCUUCCAUGCGAACUGACGAGUGCGGCGUCAGAGUUUCCCGUGCUGUGGUUUAAAGAUGGCGUCCUGGUCGAUGCAAAAGAUAAAUACGUUACGAGCGAUCUGUCACUUCUGGUGGACGGGCGACUGGCGGAAGCGGUUGGGCGCCACCUGGGGCGGGAGAUGGCACUUCCUGCGCUCCAGGGACGCUACUGGUGCGAGGUCUGGGACAGGCAGACGCUGACACGCCGGCAGUCAAGGUCCUUCUCUCUCCGAUUUUCUGACGUGAUAUCAUUUCAUGGCUCCAUGAAGCUCCCGGCGUUCACCCUGAGUGAGGAGGUUUUGUUCAACAUGGCAGGGGAGCUAUUUCCGGUUCUAACGGCAGCGUACAUGGACGUCAAACAGGUGUUCCACGACGUCCUGCCAUCCAUACAGGCGUACGUGCCUGACGUCACCGGCGUGUUUACGUUCAUGGACAGCGUUAGGUCAGCUCGAAACGUGGUAGAAUAUCACACGUACUUCACGUUAUCGCGGCCCUACGUCGCUGCGGAUGAGGCGAGCGUAUAUAGCCGCUUAAAGACCGCCCUCCGAUCCCGGCUGGGCAACCAGAACUACAUGGCAUCGCUUCCUGGGCGCACACCUCAACAAUCCUUCAGAACAAUGUCUCUACAGAGUACAGUUUCCUGCCCGGCGGCCAGUCUACAGACCAGCAAGGAUGUGUUGGGUCAGUCGAUUCCGGUCCGCGAAUUCUCGUUCCCUCAUGCACAGUUGGGAGAACUCGUGCACAGCAUCGAAACAUGCAGUGACAGCAGGUCCCUUCCUUCGGGGACGGCGCGUUGCCGGGGCGACCUCCAGACAGGUGCGUACUGGAGUGACGUCACAGCGAGCGAGUGCGUUCAGGAAGCGGAUGCUAUUGACGACCUGAACAGGGAGAUCUGGGGUGUCUCGCCAUACACCGACAAAUUGACAGAGAUCGCUGAGAGACCAGUAGACCGGCAAAACGCGGAGGAAGUGAUGUCAGAGGUAGCCCAGAUCACGCGAAUGGCGAUCAAUUUCACGCCCACUGAUAUCAAUAAGAUUGCAGACAUCCUGGACAGAACCACCCAGGUUGAUAAACUCGAUGCCAAGGUUGGCGAGCGUAUAUUGGAGACGGUGGACCGCUUGAUGGGGACAGCAGACCGCGGGGCGCACAUGGCCAACGUCGAGACCAAGGCUGCCAACAGAAUCAUCAAAAGCCUUGAGCUGUACGCGGAGACGGCCGACAUUGGGGAACAGGAACAGCUGCGCCUGGUGUCCGACAACGUCGCCGUCGAGAUUUGGAACCUCAGCCCCUCCAGUCGCCCCGUCAUCGGCCUCGCCGCGAGCACCGCACUUGAAUUGGCGGCAGGGAUGCCAUUCAAGAUGGAGAACAUCGCCACUGUGUACAACAAGUCGCAACUCCUGGAGGCGAACGUGGACGCUGCCAUAGAGCUGCCCGACGAAGUAUUUGAGGUGCAUGAAAAAGGCAAAGGCCUCAGUAACCGUCUGACAAUGAUGGUAUUCCGGAAAAGUAAGCUAUUCGAAGCGGCGAUUACGAAGGAGAGCCGGGACUCAGGCGCCGUUGAUGGACAGAUGGCAGACUUAAACAGCUACGUUAUUUCCGCAAGCAUCGCCGGCCGAAAAUUGGAGGGACUCAAGGAGAAAGUGAAGACCAUCUUCAAACCUACCAAGGAUGUAGUAGGCGAGGCAAAUUGCGUGUGGUGGGACUUCCGGGAGCGACAGGGCCAGGGCGGCUGGUCAGAUCGGGGAUGCUCAUACGACGGCAAAGUGAACGGCCGCCACGUGUGUCUGUGUGACCACCUCACCAACUUCGCCGUGCUCAUUGACUUUUACGGUCAGGAGCACGCCAUGGACGAGGGCCAUGAGCUGUCUCUCUCCAUCAUCACAGUGGUGGGACUGUCUCUAUCCAUCCUGGGUCUAGCACUAACCAUCAUCUCUUACGUUUUCUUCAGGAAGUUACGCAAGGGGCGUGCUCAGCAGACGUUGUUCAACUUGUCCCUGUCGUUGCUAUUGGCGAUGCUCGUGUUCCUGAUUGGUAUCCGGCAGACGCACUCACACGGUCUGUGUAUCACGGUGGCGGUUCUGCUCCACUACCUGGUACUCGUGUCCUUCAUGUGGAUGCUGAUGGAGGCCAUCCUGCAGUACCUCACGUUUGUCAAGAUCCUUGGCACCUAUAUCACUCGCUUCACACUCAAGACCGUUCUUCCCGCCUGGGGACUACCCCUAAUCCCAGUAAUAGCAGUUCUUGCUGUAGAUCCGGAAUUGUACCGUGGAGGAUCGAAAUACUGUUGGAUGGACCUUCCUGCGUUCUACUACGCGUUCGCCCUGCCCGUUAGCGGCAUCAUAGUUAUAAACGUGGUCAUCUUCGUCGUGACGGUUGUGAGCAUCUUCCGGCGCGGCAAGGGCCUCCGCUCAAACCAGAAGCGCCACAAGAUGGCCAUGACAAACCUCCAGGCCGCCAUCACAAGCUUUGUGCUUCUUGGUCUGACAUGGCUAUUCGGGUACCUGGCAGUGGCGGACGCGCGGCUAAUCUUCCAGUACGUGUUCACCAUCCUAAACUCGCUCCAAGGCUUCUUCAUAUUCGUACUGUUCGUGCUCCGGAAGCGGAAGGUGCGCGAACAGUGGUAUUUCAUCUGCUGCAAGGGCGUGGAGAAGGGGCGCGUCUCUCGCUCGCUCUCGGCUUCCAACUCCAACAGUACCUAUAGUAACAGCAGUGGCCGUCAGAGCGGGAAGUCCGGCAAGGAUCGGGACCGUUCGGACAGCACGAAAACCGUCCAGUCAAUUGUCUCCAAUGGUUCCGGGGGAUUUACCAACUUCGGCUAUGACCACGGAUACGACUUCCCGUUCUCGAGGAACGACCGCCGGCUCUUUAACAGAAAGUUCUGAGUCGGGCUAUGACAAAGAGGGUUACAGUGUACUGACAGAUGUUGCUAUGAUAAAUUUGCUGCCACUUUUUAGUUAGAGCUGCAUGAAUGGUAUCAGAUAUAGUCGAUCGUCUUUGUUCAUUUGAACCAAGUUGUGAUACUGGAUAUAAUUGGCAUGAAAAUGCGUUGACAUUAAAAGUACAGUCAAAACUCGCUAUGGCGCAUAACGAAGAUUCGAUUUUACCGAAAUAAAAAAUAUCUUACUUUACCAAACACAUUCAAAAAAAGUUUGACAUAACCACAACAUCGAGAUAACAGAGUUCGACAUAGCGAGUUUCGACUGUAGUUUCGUUUGACAUGUGAGGUUUUUUUCACUGUUACUGUUUUAUCUUAUUAUAGUGAUGUUCUAUGGAAAGUUAUAACUGAUCAUCGUUUUUAUUUGUCAUCGUUACAUUACUAGUACACGAAUCAUGUUUUCUCCAGCAUAUUUAUUUAGCGCUCGUUGUGUCCCGUGGCCACCCGUGUUCGUCAUGUAUGGUUUAAAUGUCUCAUUUUCCUCAUUGUGAUAUUAAUGUGUAGUUGUGCUAUGUAUAUAGGCAUAUAAUAUAUUUAAAAUAUAAGUAUCAUAAUUAAUUAUGCUGUUCAUGUUAUGUUUUUGUCAAGUGACACGGUUAUGUCUCAAUGUAUAUUCCAGUUAUUUGUGAAAUAGAGACACCGCAUUAUCCAGUUGCUAUUUUUUUCCUUGUAUUUUUUUUUAAAUCAGUUUAAUUUCAUUGGCAAAGAUACCAACUUAUCAAAAUGUUCAGACCGUUAACUGUAUAAUUAUAACAGAAGGUGUAACUGUUCAGGUAUUUUUAUCUAUUUAUAACUAGAAAUGACAAGAAGUUAGUGUGUCUAUUGAACAUUUUAUUAAUGUUUAUUAGUUUUGUAAUAAUGUGUUUUCGAAACCAUUUCUUAAUAAAGGAGU